AUGCCUAACAAGUACAAACGAACAGUGGGUUCAAGGCCCUAUAAAAACUAUUCAGAACACACAUUGAAACGUUGUUUACUUGCUGUGAAGACCAAACAAAUGACUCAACGAGAAGCUGAAAAAGCCUUCAAAAUUCCUCGGCGAACAAUCAUUAACAAAUUAAAAGCCCAUCAUGUACAACCUGUGGGACGUCCCACUGUAUUUACUGAACAAGAGGAGAACAAUUUUGUUGGAAACAUUCAUGUUAUGAGUGAAUAUGGCUUUCCUAUUGAUAAGACUGAUCUUAAAUUUAUUAUUAAGUCAUAUUUGGACAGAAAUGGUAGGCAUGUUAAAUUUUUUAAAAACAAUCUACCUGGUCGUACAUGGACAGAUAAUUUCAUUGAACGUCACAAAACCUUAAGUGUUCGCUUAGCUUCUAAUAUUAAAAGGUCAAGGGCCUCUGUAAAUGCCGAAACCUUAACAGAGUAUAUAAAUAAUUUAAAAAUAACUCUUUCUGAUGUUUAUCCACAAAAUAUAUAUAAUUAUGAUGAGACCAACCUAACGGAUAACCCUGGGCAAAAAAAAGUUCUUGUAAAAAGAGGAUCAAAGUAUCCUGAACGAAUAUGUAACACCUCAAAAGUCAGCAUUAGCUUAAUGAUAUGUGGGAAUGCUGUUGUUGACAUUCUUCCUCCAUACGUUGUGUAUAAAGCUAAAGGUCUUUGGGAGAAUUGGACGGAGCAUGGACCCAAAGGCUGCCGCUAUAAUGCCACAACUUCUGGAUGGUUUGAUGCAAAUAUUUUUACAGAUUGGUUUAAUAUUACACUACUUCGCCAUUUAAAAAAAAAAACAGGUAAAAAAGUUGUAAUUGGGGACAACUUAUCAUCCCAUUUAACACCUGAAGUCAAUGAGAAGUGUAAAGAAAAUGAUAUAUCGUCGGCUUCGUGGCAAAACCUCCAAAGUCGAAAAAAUUGA